UUAUUAGUAAGUCCCUUAUUUUAAUUAAAGCUAUUUGUAAGGACCUUCACCCAAUUUCAGCUUGUUACAAAAAAGUAUAAACUCAUAUGGCGAACCUGAUCAAUUGUGUUCUCCUGAAAUUCGAAUGAGUUCCGACGGUAAGAAGAGAAAAAGGCCUAAGCCCUACGAGACUCAGUUUCCGGUGGAACUAUUUUUAAAUUCACUGCCGUCGUCGAAGCCCGAUUUCUGCCGGUUGAUCGCCGUUGUUUCCAUCGCCGCGGCGGUGGCGGUGGCUUGUAACUUCGUCGCCACCUCUUUCAGUCAGCCGCCCAAACCAUUCUGCGAUACUACUUCCGAUCCCGAUGGUUCGCCCUUCGAUUACUGUGAACCCUGUCCGGAAAAUGGAGAAUGUUACGAUGGCAAGUUGAAAUGUAUCGACGGCUAUAGAAAGCAUGUAAAUUUAUGUGUUCGGGAUGGAGAUGUUGACAAAGCAGCUAUGAAACUCUCAAAAUGGGUAGAAGUUCGUCUGUGUGAAGCUUAUGCUCAACUUUUGUGCAGUGGAACUGGAAAAUGUUGGGUUUCAAAGGAUGAGCUCUUUAAUGAAUUGGAUAACUACAAUUUGGGAGAUAAUCACAGAGUGGAUGAGUCCAUUUACGCGCCAGCAAAACAAAGAGCCAUCCAAAACAUCCACAGUUUAUUGGAGACUAAAAGAGACGAUUAUGGGAUUGAAGAAUUCAAGUGCCCAGAGUCGCUUGUGAACCAUUAUAAACCACUCUCCUGUGUCGUGCAACAGUGGCUUAUCAAGCAUGCUUUACUUUCAAUACUCACUUUUCUGUCGCUUGUGGGAUGCAUAUUCAUCGCAAACAGGGCCUAUCAAAGGCAUCACUUGUCUGUCCGAGCCGAACAUCUUUACCAUGAGGUUUGUGAUAUACUUGAAGAGAAGCCGUUGGAGUCCAGGAGAGUAAAUGGUGAAUGUGAACCCUGGAUCGUUGCCUCCUGGUUGCGAGAUCAUCUUCUCUCACCGAAAGAAAGAAAGGAUCCACUUUUGUGGAGAAAGGUUGAGGAGUUGAUUCAAGAAGAUUCCCGUAUAGACCAGUACCCAAAGUUACUAAAGGGCGAAUCAAAGGUUGUAUGGGAGUGGCAAGUUGAAGGUUCUCUAGGCUCUUCAGAAAAGAGAAAGAAAACCGACGGAAAUACACCAGAAUUGAAGAAAUCCAUGAAUUCAUGUUCUACUGUUCAUCGCAGGGUGCAUGCUGGUGAGCCUUCAAGUUGUUAAGUGAUGCUGAUACGAAGAUAGUAUUAUGAGAUGGAGGUAUUGUGUUGGAGCUCUCGUAAAAGAUUCUGAUCGAUUAGUAGGCAUGCUGUUGAAUUUUGUUUCCCACUGAUUGAAUUUUGUAAUCAAGCCUAUGUUUAUUUUCCCCCCUGAAAAAUUAAUGUUCCGAUAUAUGGGCGAUUGAAGGACCUGAUUGAUUCCCUUAGCUUGUUGUAAGUGGUAGAGUUGUAAUAUAGCAUCUUCACAAAGUUGAAAACCAAGUUCGAGUCACUAGUGUGUAUUCUUCGUUUUCACCGAAACUUUAAAGUCAUAUAUCCGGUUUGAUUUCGUUCGUUGUUUAAUAUGGAUACCGUUUUGUUGAU